AUGAAUUUUGGUAGUAAUAGCAAUAAUAAGAAACCAUUAACAAACAGCUUAGCAUCAACACCACCAGCAAAAAAGAUAUUAACAAUUAAAAAUUUAAAACAAGUUCCAAAAACACCCGACAAUUACGAAGAAACAUCAUGGCUUAAAUUAAGUUCCGCAAUCACAUCAAUUAAUAAAAAAGAGGCGACUCAACUAACACAAGAAGAGCUUUAUAAAAUGGUUGAAAAUUUAUGUUCCGAUAAACAAUUGGCAGCAAAUCUAUACAAUAAAAUUUCAGUACAGUUGGAACAACAUAUCACAAACACAUUGAAACAUUUAGCUUUAAACCAACCAACAGAUCCAGUGUUAUUUUUGAAAUCAAUGAAUUCAGUUUGGAGAGAUCAUACAAGUCAAAUGAUUAUGAUAAGAAGUAUAUUUUUAUAUUUAGAUAGAACUUAUGUAAUUCAAACUCAAAAUGUUAAAUCAAUUUGGGAUUUAGGUUUAUUUUAUUUUGGUAAUACUUUAAAAUCACUUUCACAAUUAUUAAAUAAAACAAAUCAAAGUUUAUUACUUUCAAUUACAAAUGAAAGAAAAGGUGACGAAAUUGAUAGGGAUUUAAUGCAUAGUUUAAUUAAAAUGUUGUCUGCUUUACAUAUUUAUUCAUUAUUCGAAAAGGAAUUUAUAAAAGAAACAGAUAGGUUUUAUCAAUCAGAAGGUCAAGUUAAAGUUUUUGAAAAUGAAAUUCCAGUUUAUUUAAAGCAUAUUAGUAAUAGAUUAACUCAAGAGGGUGAAAGAUUAAUAAGAUAUUUAGAUCAGGGUACAAAGAAACAAUUAAUUUCAGUUUUAGAGAAGCAAUUAAUAGAAAAACAUGUUGAUAUUAUUUUAAGUAAAGGGUUUAAAUCGAUGGUGGAAGAAAGUAGAAUUGAGGAUUUGAAUAGGCUAUACGUUUUAUUGAAUGGUAUUAAUGAAGUUGGCAAGUUAAAGCAAUCAUGGUCAAACUAUAUAAAAACUACUGGUCAACAAAUGGUACAAGAUUCAGAAAAGGAGCAAACAUUAAUUCAGGAUCUAUUAGAGUUCAAAGAUCGUCUAGAUAAAAUUUUAGAACAAUCAUUCCUCAAAAAUGAUACACUCACCUAUUCACUUAAAGAAUCAUUCGAAUACUUUAUAAAUACUAGACAGAACAAGCCAGCAGAGCUUAUUGCAAGAUUUAUCGAUUCGAAAUUAAAGAUUGGUGGUAAAAGAAUGUCAGAGGAAGAGUUGGAAAUUGUCUUGAACAAGUCGUUGAUUCUCUUUAGAUACAUUCAAGGUAAAGAUGUUUUCGAAGCAUUCUAUAAGCAAGAUCUUUCAAAACGUUUAUUAUUAGAUAAGAGUAUUUCUAUUGAUUCCGAAAAAUCAAUGAUUCAAAAACUAAAGACAGAAUGUGGUACCACUUUCACAGCAAAAUUAGAAGCAAUGUUUAAAGAUAUUGAAUUAUCAAAUGAUAUUAUGAAUGCAUUUAAAGAUUCACCAUUUAUUCAAAAUUAUAAGAGUAUCGAAAUGAAUAUUUAUGUUUUAACCCAUGGUAAUUGGCCAUUCCAACAACCAAUCGAUGCAAUUUUACCCAAAGAAUUUAUAGAGUAUCAAGAGGUCUUCAAUAGAUUUUAUCUUUCAAAGCAUAGUGGUAAAACAUUAAAGUGGCAAAACGCAUUAUCAUAUUGUGUUUUAAAAGCUCAUUUCCCAUCAGCAAAAAAAGAAAUUUCCGUUUCAUUAUUUCAAACUAUUAUCCUCUAUCUCUUUAAUGACUAUGAUGAAAUUUCAUUCAAAGAUAUUCAAGUAAAUACAGGUUUGCCAGUGGACGAGUUAAAAAAGAAUCUUUUAUCAUUAUCUUCAUCAAAAUCAGAAAUUUUAGUUAAAAAAUCAAGUAGUUCAACUAAAUCAAAAUCCAUCGACGAAAAUGAUUCUUUUGCAUUCAACACAAAAUUCACACACAAACUAUUUAAAAUCAAAGUAAACUCUAUUCAAACCCAAGAAACCGUUGAAGAGAAUAAAAAAACAAACGAAGUUAUUAUUGCUGAUCGUCAAUAUCAAGUUGAUGCCGCCAUUGUUAGAAUUAUGAAAACAAGAAAAACCUUGAACCAUAAUCUUUUAAUUUCAGAGUUAAUAGGUUUAUUAAAAUUCCAACCAAAACCAACAGAUCUUAAAAAGAGAAUUGAAGUUUUAAUUGAAAAGGAAUAUUUAUGCAGAGAUCCAGAAAAUCCAAUGAUUUAUAAUUAUAUGGCUUAA